GGCUGGGCUCCCAGACCAGACCGGUCGUCCGGAGGCAAAGUUUCUUCUUCGUGGGCAACCUGAGCAGCUCUCCUCCUCCUGGGGCCGGCGCAGAGGCCCCGCUAUGGACGGCGAAAGCGAGGUGGAUUUUUCUAGCCACGGCGUCACCCCUUUGUGGCGGAGACGGUCCACCUCUCCGCUCCAGUUGCUCGGCCGGAGCAAGCCGAGGCCGCAGUCCUACCAGAGCCCCAGCGGGCUGCUAAUCACCGACUUCCCGGUGGAGGAGCUGGCUGCCCUGCCCGCGCCGCAGACUCCGGCCCGCGUGCCGGACGGCGGGACGGCGUCCAGGAGCCCCCAGCUUCCGUGCGCGCAUCGGAGGCCGGUGACCAAUGGCCGCACGGUGUCCCCGGACUACAGAACUGCUUCUCCUCGACUCCGACGGCCCAAGUCACCGCUGGUUCCUCACGCCUCGGGCGGCUCCCUGAAGUCGCCUGCUAAUGGCACGGUGCCCUCGCCCGCGGCGCUGUUGCCGAGCGCCCCGCGGACUCCGGACACUCCUGCCUCCUGCGACCCCGAGGAGGACCUCGCCGGGGUGACUGCCAGUAAGGUGUGUUCGCCCGUUGCCAAUGGCCUCGUCCCUAAAACCAACUCACCUGGCCCAGCAUCACAAACUGCUCAGUCCGCUAGGGACUUGGACCCCAGCCCCUUGAGACUCUCUCCUGCUCCCCAGCCCAGGUCCUCAGAGCAAAACCUGCCUCUCCAAAGGCUGCCCUCCCAAGGGAAUGAGCUCCCCAGUCCCUCCGUGGUUUUGAGUACCAACAGCCCGGCCGCCCUCAAGAUGGGAAAGCAGCAGAUUAUCCCGAAAAGCCUCGCCUCAGAAAUUAAGCUGAGUAAAUCCAACAGUCAGAAUGUGGAGCCCCACAGGAGGCUUCUCAAGGUGCGCAGCAUGGUGGAGGGCCUGGGCCACGAAGGGGAGGAAGGCGAAGUUGAUAACGACAUAGACAGCCCGGGCUCCCUCAGGCGAGGCUUGCGGUCCACGUCUUACCGAAGGGCAGUGGUCAGCGGCUUUGAUUUUGACAGCCCCACCAGCUCAAAGAAAAAGAACAGAAUGUCCCAGCCUAUUCUGAAGGCAGUCCUGGAAGACAAGGAGAAGUUCUCUAGCCUGGGAAGGAUAAAGAAAAAAAUGCUGAAAGGACAAGGAACAUUUGAUGGGGAAGAAAAUGCAGUCCUGUAUCAAAACUACAAAGAAAAGGCCCUUGACAUCGACUCUGAUGAAGAUCCAGAGCCCAGAGAACAGAAGCCAGAGGAGAAAAUCGUGAUUCACCAUAAGCCGCUCAGAUCCACAUGGAACCAGCUCUCUGCGGUGAAAAGAAAUGGGCUGUCUCAAACAGUGAGCCAGGAGGAAAGAAAAAGGCAAGAGGCAAUCUUUGAAGUCAUAUCCUCAGAGCAUUCAUACUUACUCAGCUUGGAGAUCUUGAUCCGAAUGUUUAAAGAUUCUAAAGAACUGAGUGACACGAUGACUAAGACAGAGAGGCAUCACCUUUUCUCCAACAUCACAGAUGUCUGUGAGGCGAGCAAAAAAUUCUUUACAGAGUUGGAAGCAAGACAUCAGAAUAACAUCUUCAUAGAUGACAUAAGUGACAUUGUAGAAAAGCACACAACAUCCACAUUUGAUCCCUAUGUGAAAUACUGCACCAAUGAAGUCUACCAACAGAGGACGCUGCAGAAGUUGUUAGCCACCAACCCCUCCUUUAAGGAAGUGUUGUCACGGAUUGAAUCCCAUGAAGACUGCAGGAACCUACCUAUGAUAUCUUUUCUCAUUCUCCCCAUGCAGAGGGUGACUCGCCUUCCCCUGCUGAUGGAUACUAUCUGUCAAAAAACACCUAAGGACUCUCCAAAGUAUGAAGUCUGCAAAAGGGCCUUAAAGGAAGUAAGCAAGUUGGUACGACUGUGCAAUGAAGGAGCCCGGAAGAUGGAGAGGACGGAGAUGAUGUACACAAUUAAUUCCCAGCUGGAGUUUAAAAUUAAGCCCUUCCCCCUCGUCUCCUCAUCACGGUGGUUGGUGAAAAGAGGGGAGCUGACAGCCUACGUGCAAGACACGGUGCUGUUCUCAAAGAGGAUGUCCAAGCAGCAAGUCUACUUCUUCCUCUUCAAUGACGUGCUCAUUAUCACUAAGAAGAAGAGUGAUGAAAGCUACAAUGUCAACGAUUAUUCCUUAAGGGAUCAGCUGUUGGUGGAAUCUUGUGACAGUGAAGAGCUUAAUUCUUCUCCGGGCAAGAACACUUCCACAAUGCUCUACUCAAGACAGAGCUCUGCCACUCACCUCUUUACCCUGACUGUCCUCAGCAACCAUGCCAAUGAGAAGGUGGACAUGCUACUUGGGGCUGAGACCCAGAGUGAGCGAGCCCGCUGGAUCACAGCACUGGGACAUAGCAGCGUGAAGCAGCCACCCGACAGAACCACACUGACCCAGGUGGAGAUCAUUAGGUCUUUUACCGCCAAACAGCCAGACGAACUCUCCCUGCAGGUGGCGGAUGUGGUCCUCAUUUAUCAGCGUGUUGGCGAUGGCUGGUAUGAAGGGGAACGUCUUCGAGACGGAGAAAGGGGCUGGUUUCCCAUGGAAUGUGCGAAGGCCAUAACAUGCCAAGCCACUAUUGAUAAGAAUGUGGAGAGGAUGGGGCGCUUGCUCGGACUGGAGACCAACGUAUGAUCUCUCAGACGCCAGCAGAAUGGGGCUAAGUUUACCGUCGUCACAGUCCACGUAACUAAAAGGGUGAAAACACUUGCCUGUAAGCUUGCCAAAUUGUUCUACCCUCUUGGAAGAACAGCCGCCAGAUGCAGUUAGUCCACACAGCUCGGUUUUUGCAUAACGAUGCUCCUGGAGACCUUCUUGGAUCCACUCUCUACUUCAGGGAUGAGGGACCGUCUUGGCUCCUCCCACUUCCACUUCGUUAUGUAAGAUGCUGUUCUUUAGCUUCUCUAUCCUCAUUUCACUCCUUGGUAUGGUCCCACAGCCUCACUGAGUUUAUCGUUAAGGAGUGUCCAUUUUGUAAAUAUUUUUGUGUCUUAGCCUAAUGGUGUUAAUUCCAAAAGCAACUAAUAAUAGUUCAGUUAGGUGAGCUGUCAUGUUUUGUAAACCUCUUUCUACGAAAGGGAAAUUGACACUUGAACUUUGCUGCCAUUUUCCUCAUUAGAAGGAAAGUGAGGAGCGACCCAGUGAGGGUUUUUAAAGAUCCAUCUCAUUCAGUAUUGGUCUCGGAUAACUAUAGCCUAAUAAACCUAAAGUACUACAAUGACAUGGGAUUUACAGUUCUCCUAUGUGAGGACAUCCUGAAGCUAGGAUAUUUCAGGCCACCUGCUAAAGAGCUGACAGGAGACUGCUCUGCCUUCAGUAACACAUGGUUCCUAACUAUUCUAUUUGUUUUCAAUCAAAAAAUGGCUGGAAUACACAUUAACAGUUUUCAGAAGGAGAAAGCUUAGAGAGUAUCAAGAUGGCAACAAGGCACUUGCUUGAAAUAUCUUGACCUUAACAGGAGUUUAUUGCACUCAAUGCCCGGUGUCUAGGUUUGGAGUCUCUCAUAGCUGAUUUCCUAUAAGACAUUAUUUUUUUUUUCCCACUAGGACAAGGAGAGACAAGGUAGUAUUCUAGAGUUCUUUAAAAAGUAAUGAAGGUUUGAAAGAGUGACAGGGGAAAAAUUAUUUUCAUUAGUAGCUCUAACCUCUCUAUUCGGUUCACCAAGUAAAAUCUAAAUAUACAUUAUCAGAGAGCUCAGAUCUUUGUCCCACGUCACUGCUCCUAUCUAAACAGCACCCAAACCGUAAAGUUCCAGAAGCCCAGUGUGUAGGAGCUGGCUCGGACCCUGCAACCCAUCCACCUCGGCCAUAAACAAGAGUAGGGAUCCCAGGCGCUUCUCACCUUUGGGUUGUUUUCCUUUUGCCUGUAUAUGUAUUCCUUACAAAAGACAUGUCAGGUCUUGAUUUUUGAGGUAUGAGUUAGUAUGUGAAUGAAGCAAUAGCAGUGGCCCCCCCCAGCAAGAGAUAUCCCACAUUAUAAAACAAGAAAUCUGCCUGUUUUAUAAAGAGGAAUUACAGAGAAGAAAGUCGUCUCCUCUUCAGUAAUGUCACAUGCUGUUUAGAAGACAUGCUAACAAGCUGUAGUUUAAUCUAAUGUCAUGUGUUACUUAGGACAGAGCAUGUUGCCUGCAAGGGGAAGCAUUUUGUAUUAUUUUUGCUAACACCCCUUUGCAGCUCUAAAGGAAUGCUACGAAUCUUGUAAAUUAAUUUAUAAGUGUUAAACAGUGGAGAUGUAUGUGUCCUUGAAGUCAAGCAGCCCAACACUGUUAUUAAAGUGUCCCCUGUAGAGCAGGUAUUUAACAAUCACAGUGUUUCAUUUUAAAUGAUUGUUUUUAACAGAACACAUCUUUACACAAACCUGUUUUAUAUGGCUUCUUUGAAAUGUACAGUGACUUCACUGCUGUAAACAGAAAUAUUACUUUUGUUCCAAUAAAUUGAAACUGCUU